UGACGCUGACGAGAGCCUUGAAGGAUGGUAAGAUGAGGCUCUUAUAUCGCAAAACUCAUAAGUAAAGCCAGCUCAACGCUGCCUGAGCCUAAUGCUCCUGUCACAUUCACCACCUUUUUCCAUCAAACGCCAGAAACCAUCAAGAUGACCUCCGAAGCUGUCUCGACAACUUCACCCGUUGUAGAAGAUGCGUGGAAGUCCCUCGUCGAGCGCAGUAUUAAUGAAUGGAAUGCGCCGAGUGGGAAAAUGCACGAUUUCGCGAUGGGCUUUUUGCAGAAUUACACGAGCCUAGACGAUUUUCUCUGCAGUCCACGGGAACUACCGCUCUUUUGGUUCUUUCAAAGAAGAGAAGCCUUCCUUUCGCAAAAGACAUUCACGAAAUGGAACAGAGAUCGGCUCGAUGACUAUGUUCUUCUUCCUGCCCUCAACAACUUCGUCAUGCGGUCAGAGUGUUUUUUCGUCAGCCACUUCUGGACUACGAGCGACGAUCCAGAUCCUGAUGGCUCUUGCCUGCGUCUUCAUCAGAAAGAGCUUGGGCUUCAGAGUUGGUCGCACAUCUGGGUCGAUUGGACUUGUCUGCCCCAGUACCCCCGGAGCGAGAGUGAAGAGGAAUACUUCCUGCGAGGGUUGGAGACGAUGCCUGGAAUCAUUCGAAACUGUGGUUUCUCGUGGUUCUAUCCAGGGUUUGAGCCGCGACUCUGGAUCCUGUAUGAAAUUGCAGAGUAUACGCUGACCUGUGAUGGCGGAAUCGAAGAGUUUGAAGAUAAUCAGGAGUUUGUGAAGCACAUUCAAGAAAUGCAGGAAACUAGCGUUCGAUCGGUGUUAAGCAAAUACGGAUACAGGUGUAGCGACGAUCGGGACAAAGACUACUUGACGUCAUGCCUGGAGAUUCUUUGUUACUUGAUACGGUUUGGCAUAGACAUGGGCGAUGUCAGAAGACUAAUGUCCAACGUCUUGUGGUUUUCUUUCACUCCGGAUAUAAUGUACCAGAGUCACCUUGGACUUGUGCGAAUUUUGAGAUUCGAAGGGGUGCUGGAAUUUCAAGGACAACAUUACGAGUUCACACCGUUCCCUAAAUGGGCAAAGGGCAAGUACUCCGCUAAUGCAAGACAUUUGGGGAACAUCGAGCCUCCUAGUUAGGUAUGCCCGUGUAACAACACGAGCAAUGGCAGAAUAGUGAAAGCAAAGCAGACGUGCAUGGUUCGGUUACAUAUCAAGCAGCCAGGGAUAUAUGUGCAGUUGGGCAG